CGCAGAAAUGGCCGUUUUCCCUUACACAGAGAAACCACUGGGUCUACAAGCAAACUCAUAUCCUAAAUUAAAUUCCAAUUUUGACCUCCAAUUUCAAUUGUACCGCCACUGAAAAUGCUGAAACUCCUCUCGUCCUCCUCCUCAUGCCUCCAGGCCAGAGUCCACGUUCAGGGGCAUCGUCGAACCUGCAUCAGACUAUGUUCCUUAAUUUCCAUCUCCACAAGUCCAAGCUCACAGCCCUUCAGCCUCCCAAUCAUUUCAGAGCUCAUAGCAAAGCAACAUUGGUCAGAGCUGAAAACCCACCUCAAAGACUCGAACUUUAUCGCGGUUCUUCACCAACUGUUUGAUGCAGGAGCUGACCCAGUUCUGAUACUCAGGUACUUUAGUUGGUCGCAGAAGAAUUUCAAUGUUACACACCCUCUUGAAUUCACUUGUAGACUUUUGCACUCCCUAGCAAAUGCAAAAAAAUACUCAAAGAUCAGAGCUUUCUUAGAUGGAUUUGUUAGAAACAAUGAAAAGCGUUCGAAUUCUUCAAUUUUUCACAUGCUUUCAAUGUGUGGCAACCAGUUCUGUGCAAAUUCUGUUAUAAUUGAUAUGUUGGUACUGGCAUAUGUGAAAAAUAUGAAGACCCGUUUGGGUUUUGAAGCAUUUCAGAGAGCUGGCGAUUACGGGUUUAAGUUGUCAGUUUUGUCUUGUAACCCUCUGUUGAGUGCUUUGGUGAAGGAAAAUGAAAUUGGAUAUGUUGAAUAUGUGUACAAAGAGAUGGUUAGGAGGAGGAUAGAGGCUGAUUUGUUCACUUUCAGUAUUGUGAUUAAUGGUUUGUGUAAAGUUGGGAAAUUGAACAAGGCAAGGGAUGUUACUAAUGACAUGAAAGCUUGGGGGAUUUCACCAAAUGUGGUUACUUAUAAUAUUCUUAUUGAUGGGUAUUGCAAAAAGGGUGGAUUGGGGAAGAUGCACAAAGCUGAUGCCAUUUUGAAGGAGAUGGUGGCAAAUAAUGUUCACCCGAAUGAGAUUACUUUUAAUAUUUUGAUUGAUGGGUUCUGUAAAGAUGAAAAUCUAGCUUCUGCGGUUAAGGUGUUUGAGGAAAUGAAGCAGGGUUUGAAACCGAAUGUGAUUACGUAUAAUUCUCUGAUUAAUGGGUUAUGCUGUAAUGGGAAGCUUGACGAGGCUUGUGGUUUGCGGGAUGAAAUGCUUGGCUUGGGUUUGAAGCCAAAUAUAGUUACCUAUAAUGCACUCAUAAAUGGGUUCUGCAAAAAGAAGAUGAUGAAGGAAGCUAAAGAGUUGUUUGAUGACAUUAUGAAUGGAGGCCUGGUGCCCAAUGCUAUAACAUAUAAUACGCUAAUUGAUGCUUACUGUAAGCAUGGAAUGAUGGAGGAAGCAUACGCAUUGCAUAAUUCAAUGUUAGAGAGAAGGGUUUCCCCAAACACUUCGACAUUUAACUGCUGGAUUGCUUGUUUCUGUAGGCAGGGAAACAUGGAAUUAGCUAGGAAGUUCUUGCAUGAAAUGGAGGUUAGGGGCUUGAAAGCUGAUCCCAUAACGUAUAAUUUAUUAAUAGAUGCAUUUUGCAAAGAAGGGGAGUCAAGAAAGGCAGAAGGGCUCUUGAAUGAGAUGUUUAAAAAAGGUUUGAGUCCUAGCCACGUGACGUACAAUACUUUGAUGGAUGGCUAUUGCAAGGAAGGAAACCUGAAGGCAGCUUUGAAUGUGAGGUUACAGAUGGAGAAAGAAGGGAAGCGGGCAAAUAUAGUAACAUACAAUGUGUUGAUCAAGGGACAUUGUAUGAAGGGAAAGCUUAAAGUUGCAAAUGAACUUCUCAAUGAGAUGCUGGAGAAAGGUUUGGUCCCAAAUCGAACUACAUAUGAAAUAGUAAAAGAAGAAAUGAUGGAGAAAGGUUUUCUUCCUGAUAUAGAGGGACACCUGUAUAACAUCUCUAGCUUUUAAUCAUCGAAAUGAGAAAUUGAAUUGGUUUCAUUCUCACCAUAAUCAAAACGUUUCUUUGAUGUGAAGGGGCCAUGAAUGUAUCCACAUCUGCAAGUAAUCAAUAUGUGAUGGAUGAAAGAGGAAAAACAUCAUUCAGUGGUUGCAAAAUGCACUCUUGUCCCUUCUCCCACCUCCACCUAUUCAGUUAAUAUUAUUAUCGCGAUUCGAUUUUGUAGUGGUUGACUACAGCAGAGGCUUAAACUGUCACAAAGUUGGAGGACAGUAUGUAUAACUUGUGAUGUAACUCUGAGUCUUCUUUCAGAAGACUAUAACAAGGAUGAUGAUGUAUAGAGGCAACAAUACUUGAGGUUAUAUUGACCUUCAGAGACUAGUUCCCUAUGGAGCAUAGACAAAGCUUUGUUCAGCGCUUGAUGUACUUGGAAUAUCUUGUUCCCUGGUUAGCAGAUUUUCUGCAGACUAGUUCCCUAUGGAGCAUAGACAAAGCUUUGUUCAGCGCUUGAUGUACUUGGAAUAUCUUGUUCCCUGGUUAGCAGAUUUUCUGCAGUAUCUGGUACAAACAAAUUGCAAAGCCAGAAAGUGCUUGAAGAGCUAAGAUGUAUGUGUCAAGGUUGAUAUUAAAGAGCUCAAUUCAAAUGGCUUAUUUGUAGAAACAUUUCCA